AUGGCAGGCGUCUACGGAGGAUGGUCAACUACGGUAUCUCUAGGGCUUGCAGGACUUGCAAGCAGAGGCGCAAGAAGUGCGACGAAUCUAGACCAGUGUCUCAAGUCAAAACGAGCCUGUCUUGGUUACGACGAGGCUCCUGGUUAUGUCUUUCGCCAUUAUGUCGGAUUGAGGACCGCGGAGGAAAGAAAGUCAUCACCCCAAUCCGAGUCGACGCCGGCCGUGGGAAAUAUUGCUCCUUCUGAAUGGGACAACGAGUCGUCGAAUUUCGAUGACGCCCGACUUGAAGAAGGCGCUCUUGAAGCCUUUUUCAACGACUACUGCAUCACAUCACGGAACCCGACACUGUCUCGCGGCUUUCUUGACGGCCUCCAGCUCCUGAUCGCACACGCAGGGCCAUCAUCUGACAUGGCCAAGGCCGCAAGGAUUGUGUCUCUUGCCGGAAUAGGGAACAAACUGGGCAGAUCUAGUCUUCUGCGCAGAACUCGGUACAUCUACGGCGAUUUACUGCAUUCUUUCCAGGCAACUAUUUCCCACCGCGACCAAGCAAACACGGUCGAGUCUUUGAUGACUGCCGUCUUAUUAGGACUAUACGAGAUCAUCACCAGUAAUGAAGACAACCCCGGUCAACAUCCUGCCCAUGUACAAGGGGUAUCAGCAAUUCUCUGUAGCGAUGACUCUCCUUUUAAUCUCUUUGCCGGAUGUACCCAAUUGUUUCAACUUAGCAAUCCAAUUAUCAUCAAGGAACCGCUUCAUAAUGUCGGCGUUCUCUGUACCCCGAUAUCCAACAGCUCAAUCCAAAGCCUGGACUCGAUUCUUGUCAAGUUUAAUCCCAUAUUUUACAAAGCAAUGGCACUGCUCGCCCAUGAUUCCAGCCCUUCUGAAGAGGAAAUUAUUCAGGUCAGGGAGAACGCAAUGAGUUUACGUGAUGCCUUUGCGAAAUGGGCAGAAAGCCAACCCGAAGAAUGGAAACCCAUCACCGUCAGUGAAUGUGCAUCACGGUCAUUUGCGGGCGGCUUUCAUACGACAGGGAGGAUCGAGUCCUACUUUGAUCUAUACGUGGCGGCAGUAUGGAAUACCUAUCGCAAAACCCAUCUCCUCAUGUUAGAUGUCAUCUUCAAAUGCAAGAGACGGCUUGGACAAGAGACUGGGGAGGACGAGGAGGCCCAGAGACUGGCUGAAGAUAUUGCAUCAUCAGUUCCAUUUCAUCUAGGGAACGACUCAGACGCUUUCCCACACGAACUCCACCGUGGUACUAAACCAAUGACUCCCGGGCCACCGGUGGGCGGCCUAUUUCUCCUUCAUCCGCUCUGGGUUAUAACUGUGUCUUCGGUGGUGUCGCCCGAGAUACAAGCUCGAAUGCGUGAAUGUCUGGCAUGGAUAGGCAAGAAUACGGGUCUCGGUCAAGCUACAUUACUUUCAAAGGUCCGUGUCCUUCUCAAUCGAUUAUGUGAACAAUUCAACUGA